AUGGCUUCUCGCUUCGUCACCGUCUGCCUUGCCGCAGUCGCCGCCGCUUCUCCGGUUUUUGUCCCUCGGACCACCAACGGCACCAAGUUCGACCCCGAGCGCGGCCUCUUCCCCGGAGAAGUUCUCCUUGUCGGCCACGAGCACAUGGAGGUCGUGGACAAGGAUUCUUACUCGGCGAUGCUGUCAACCAGCGGCAUUCUGUCCUCGCCCCCUGACGUCGACCGUUCGCUUCUGGACUUCGAGGAGCCCACGGAGGAGGAGCUCAAGCAGCUUGACGCCCGUCAAGCAAGCUGCGAUAUGACCACUGCCGUUGUUAUCACCAGGACCGACAGAUUCUACGACUGGGAUCUUCAGAUGAGCCCUGUGUCGAUUGCUGGUGGCAACCCUAUUGACAUCAGUCUCACAUCGACUUACACGGUCACUGAUACUCUCACCAUCACCGGCGGUUUCAGCCCGACCAUUGUCACCGGAUACUUGACAUCCAACUUUGGCGUUUCUGGCUCCCGAUCCUGGGCCACUGCUCAGGCCAUCAUGGUCAGGGGAACCGUAUCCGCUCACCACACCGGUGUCAUGGUCAACAACCCUUUCAAGACCAGAAGAUACGGCCGUGUCAUGAGAGGCUGCCUCGGAAAGCAAACACAGAUCGGAACGUUUAUGUCCGAUGCUUACGAGGAGGGAAGCUACUGCGGAGUCAAGUGGAUCAGAGGAGCAAUCACCCCUUGUGAGAAGCCCGGUGUCCACCGUCCGCUUUCUCGCUGCCAGGGCGGCGGCAACUUCGUUUAA